GAAUGGCUCGUGGGACGUAAAGGCAGACAGGGAUACACAAACAAGCCAGGCGCGAACCUUUUAACCUAUACCUUUCUCUUAGUAGGAAAGUCCCCUUUAACGAGAAUCCGUUUAAUACGUGAAUAUUGAAUUCGAUCUUGGAAUAAAUUUUCAAUUGAACAUCGAUAAUGCAUAGCAGCGACCUCGAACUCCUCUGGUAACUGGGCUGAGCAGCCAUUGUAAGCUUUUAGUUCACGUGCCCUUCGUGCCUUUUAACAGAUGGCGUAUCAAUCGUGGCUACCGUCACGUUGCGGAAUGUGGGUUCGGUGGAUUAGAAAUGUCAACACUAGACUCGAACAUAAAUAGCAAACGUAUCCUAUUGGUAGUACGAAGAUCGCGACUGAUAUGAUCUACCCCUAUAAAGACUUAAAUGAUCCGGAGUCAAUUCGAUCAAUCGUGACGAUCAUGGCCUUUCGACGAUCCUUUGGACUUUGCAGACGAUAAAUUCCAGUGUCAUCUUCACGGAGUAACUUUUCUUACCCUUAUACGGUCCUUCUUGUCGCCCUUGCUUCCAGUCGAUUAUACAAUGAUAUUUAUUCUACUUGGAGCAAUAACUGAUUUAAUAAGAUGGAAUUUAAAUGUAAGUCGAUUUACAACGGUCACGUCAAUUCGAUUUUAAUGAAUGAUUCAUCGACGCGAACGCUCCGCUACGGGGUUACGUGUGGAACAUUUGACAGUUGUUGGACAUUAGGCAAGUACAGAACGUCAAUUAUUUAUACUUUUGAAAAUAACGUCGUUCUUCAGAUACUUAGGUGUACUGUACUUAAACUAUUGCACGCCUCGAAUUAUUUAUCGCCGUGCAUCGGUUUCAGUGAAGGUGUCGCACGGUGGUAUCCGUUUGGUUUCUAUUAGUCAAGAGACUGAAGAAAUCUUUUCACGUGCGAAGAUUUCAACCGUCAUUUGGCAUCGAGUGCUGUGCAAACAUUGAAAUCCUGGCAAUUCGUCAUGCUUCAAAAUUUCAGUUAGAAAUCGUUCCUAAACAGGAUAUCUAAUUAGAAUAUACUUCCUACUUUGAAAACAUGAUACCAUCAUAAUAAAUGUAAAUGAAAAUAUAAUAUUUCUAGUUUCACCUGCAUGGACGAUAAUUAAACUCAGUAUUUUUAUGACUAUCAUAGAAACUUUAUGACCGGCAUUGAGGAACGAUCGUUCAGGUAUAUUCUUUUAUUUCAUAUAGCAUUCUGGUUACUUCGAUCAUCAAGGAUGAUCUUGACGAAUGGCCGGUAGGAUCAAAAGCCUGAAUUGACUCUAAAUCGCAUUACACAAUUUCAGAUGACGCCGUGAGAAGCACCGAAAGUCUCUUUUAUUGUAGGAAUCAGAUGAGGACAGGUGAGGCUCACGAUGAUCUCUCGAGGUCUCUGGGAAGGCGGGGAUGCGAUCUACGAGAGGAUCAAGAGAGGGAGAGACAGGAGCGGAGAUCACUAUAAAGCUCGAUGGUCCAGCUAAGCCAUCAUUGAGUAUCCUUAUUCCCAGUGUCUGGCUAUGUUAUCGGGAGAGAGUGAGGACAUUAAGUGAACAAGUGAUCAUGAUGGAGUGUUACCUAAUCACGAUUAAAUCCUUGGUUUUCUAUGCUUUGCUCUGGCACGUGUUCGCCGAGAAGUUAUCACCGGAUCAGAAGGCACCCCUGUUCGCACGUGGUUCCGGUGGACUCAGUUUGCCUACACCAUUCGAAUCGAGUCCUGCUGCGUCGACCAGAUUGAGUCCUGCUGGUCCUAUCAGCCAGAGUAACACACCCAACUUUGGGGAUGACGUCCAGAGGGAGGAAACUGCAGAAUUGAAACUGGUGGGGGGUCAAUUGGUUCGGACUGUCCAGGGUCAAUUUUCUUAUAAGAGUCCCGAGGGUCUUCCUAUUUCCGUCAAGUACAUUGCUGACGAGAAUGGAAACAGAGCCAGCUUCAGCUUCGGAACGGAUCCCGGAAGAAGGUCGCAGGCUUUUUCAAAACUUCCAGGUCCUCAGAAAGCAGGUACCAGUGGCGGUCUACCCGGUCAAAAUGGGGGAAAUGCAUACCUGCCACCACAAAAUCCUCCUCAAGUGACUAAGGGUUACUUACCUCCUGAGUAAUCAAAAGGAAUUCAAUUUUAUGGAAAUUGACAAUUCAAUUCUAUCGUUAUUAUUCAUUCGGAACAGUUCACAGGCGUACCUGCUGCAAGUACAAAACUAUAUUUCAUAAUAAACAGAAACAUACUCUCUUGAA